UCCGUUAGUGCCGUCUAGUGGCAUUGGCUGCCCUCUUCACUCCUACACACGACCAUGAGCAGCGAGGUGGUCAUCUCGGGCAUCGGAAGCGCCUUCUCGGGGAGCGGCAAUGUCCAGGACUUCGGGCGCGACCUCCUCAACAACAAGCACCUCGUGCAGAGGACGAAACGCUGGAGAGAAGACCUCUUCACCCCCGUGAGCGGAACAGUACCUUCCGAGCACUUCGACGGGCAGUUCUUCGGGAUCAACAGCAAGCUCGCCAAUAGCACGGACCCAACGUCCAUACUCUGUUACAUGCGCAGCUAUGAGGCCGUCCUGGACGCAGGUCUUCACCCGAGCACCCUCAGAGGAUCCAACACGGGGGUGUUUGCGUGCAGCGGAAUCAACGAAUAUGAGCAGAAAAUCAUGCACAGUGACGCCAUCGAACAACAUGAAGGCUACAUCAUCAUGGGGUUGUCCCGGACUAUGUUACCCAAUCGUCUGUCGUAUUACUUCAACUGGAACGGUAAGCGCUCACAGGAAAGAUGUAAAAUAUUAAUAUGA